AUGGGUCAGCCAUUUCACGGCGACGACAUUAAAGAGAGGGCGAUAUAUCUCAGCAGUGUGGAGAUUGAGCAAGGAGAAGGGCUUCUGAGCGAUGAAGAUGGACUUGAGACUAAUGUCUUUGUGCAAAGCACGUCAACGCCUCGGCGCUGCUGUAAACAAAGAUCUCGUCUCCGCACGGCCAAGAGAGUCGUGACGGUUGGCUGUAUAAGUCUUCUUCUCUAUGGCCUUCUUCAACGGUUCUAUGGCACGCUAACUGAUUCCACCGAGCCAACUUCCCCGCACGCGGAGUCACGCCCAGCCAUCUGCCAGACACCCGAAUGCAUUCACGCAGCGUCAGAGAUACUUUACAACUUGGAUCCCAACCACAAGAAAGUCGAUCCUUGCACCAAUUUUGACCAGUUCGUUUGCGGUGGAUGGCGGGAGCGCCAUGAUAUGCGAGCUGACCAGGGCUCAAUCUUUGCUGGAACUAUUAUGGCAGAGAACUCUCAGACCCGACUGCGUCAUAUCCUAGAGCGCUCAGAGCCUCCUGAGAAGGUUGAUACAGACAAUUUCAAGAAGCUCAAGGCUGGAUAUGAUGCUUGCUUGGACGAGUCCGCGAUUCGGAAGCGUGGUACCAAGCCUCUGGCUGACCUGCUAGCGGAGCUACAAAAGAUUUACCCUGCCAAGAGCGAUCUUGUUGCUGGAACAAAAGACCAUUUGACCCCGGCGCUCUUGUUCCUGAUGAAAUCAGGUGUCGACGCCCUAGUAUCCUCGGGUGUUUCCCCUGAUGAUCGGGACCCUGAUAAUGUGGUGAUCUUUACGUCUCCACCCCGAGAGAUUGGACUCCCUGCACGAGAGUACUAUAACAACACCAAGACGGUUGCCGACUACACCCAGGUCUUGAAGCAAGUCCUCCCAGCAUUUGGUGGGAACGACAAGAUCGCCGAGAGUAUUGUUGCUCUUGAGACCAAGCUUGCGGAUGUGACCCCUGAUACCGCAACUCAAGAAGACGUUACCAAGUACUACAACCCGCUCAGCAUCAAAGAAACCGAGUCCUUGGUCCCCGAGAUCUCCUUCGAAGAUGUUAUUACAGAGCUCGCACCACAUGAUUACAAGAGUGACCGCUUGAUUGUGGGUUCACCGUCUUACAUGAAGGCCUUGUCUAAGAUCCUGAAUGACGCUUCCCGUGAGACGGUGUCGUUCUUCUUGCAGUGGAAGCUCAUCCAGGCAUACUCAGAUUUUAUUGAAGAUGACGUCGUCACCCCUCUCCGUCAAUUCAACAAUAAGCUUCAAGGCAAGGAUCCCCAAGCAAGCGAAGAGAGAUGGCGCAAGUGCCUCAGACGUCUGGAUUCAGGCCUCGGAUGGAGCUUGAGUCGAUUCUACAUUCUCGACUCAUUCUCAGAAGAGUCGAAGAAGCUGGGCGACCAAGUCGUGUCUGAUAUCAAGGAGCGAUUCGUUUUCACUCUGACCCAAACUGCUUGGAUGUCACCCGACGUGCGAAAGCUGGGUAUCAAGAAAGUGGAGAACAUCGUGCAGAAAAUUGGAUACCCAACUAAGAGUCCCAAUGUGAUGGAUGCGCACGAUGUGGGGAAGUACUACCACGAUCUGGAUGUGUCCAACGACAAGUUCUUUGAAAACGAGCUUGCCGUGGCUAAAUUUGACCUUCAGAAUGAGUGGUCUAAACUGGGGAAGCCAACCAACCGUGAUGAGUGGGACAUGACUGCGCCAACUGUCAACGCCUACUAUAAUCCUCCAGGGAACGAGAUUGUCUUCCCGGCGGGUAUUAUGCAGCCCCCAGCGUUCUACGGUCCUGCUGCCCCAUUGUAUCUGGCCUAUGGCGCCUUUGGUGCCGUCAGUGGCCAUGAACUCUCGCAUGCAUUUGAUUCCACCGGUCGGCACUACGACGAGACCGGCAACUACACGAACUGGUGGGAUGACGACACCGUCAAGGCCUUUGAGGAGCGAGCCCAGUGUUUCGUGGACCAGUAUUCAGCAUUCACUGUUGAAGGCCCCGGUGACAAGGUUCUUCAUGUCAACGGCCGGUUGACGCUGGGCGAGAACAUCGCUGAUGCGGGUGGCCUCACGGCCUCAUUCCAUGCAUGGAAGAAGCACGAUGAUGCGUCUCCGGAUCUCCACCUGCCCGGAUUGGAGGACUUUAGCAAGGAGCAGCUGUUCUUCAUGGCGUAUGGAAACUGGUGGUGUGGUAAGACCACCAAGGAGGCUGCCGAGCAGGCGAUCUACAACGACCCGCAUGCGCCCAAGUCUGCGCGAAUCAUUGAAACCAUGGCCAACUCACGAGAGUUCAAGGAUGCAUUCAGCUGCCCAGCGAAGAAGCCCGUCUGCAAGCUGUGGUAG